ACUCGCCCGGCGCUGAGCACUGCAGCGUCGGUCUGCGGGCAAACGCCGAGGUAUGGAUGUCCAAGAGAGGUUGGCAUUGGAUAUUUCCACCCGAAAUCCCCAGGACGACUUUGAGCUGCUGCAGAGAGUUGGUGGAGGGACCUACGGGGAAGUUUAUAAGGCGAAGAACAAAGGCAGCGGCGAGCUGGCUGCCAUAAAGAUUGUGAAGAUGGAGUCAGAUGACGACUGCGCCGCGAUCCAGCAGGAGAUCCUCAUUGUGAAGACCUGCAAGCACCAUAAUAUCGUGGCCUAUUACGGGAGCUACAUACGGUUGAACAAGCUGUGGAUCUGCAUGGAGUUCUGUGGGGCCGGAUCUCUGCAGGACAUUUACCACGUCACUGGCCCCCUGUCAGAGCAGCAAAUCGCCUAUGUCUGCAGAGAAACGUUGCAGGGUCUGUCUUAUCUUCACACCCAAGGCAAGAUCCACAGAGACAUCAAGGGAGCCAACAUCCUCAUCAACGACAACGGAGAAGUGAAACUCGCGGAUUUUGGGAUCUCGGCCCAGAUCAGCGCCACCUUCGCCCGCAGGAUGUCCUUCAUCGGCACCCCCUACUGGAUGGCGCCCGAGGUGGCGGCGGUGGAGCUGAAAGGUGGCUACAACGAGCUGUGCGACAUCUGGUCCGUGGGCAUCACGGCGGUGGAGCUGGCCGAGCUGCAGCCCCCCAUGUUCGACGUCCACCCCCUGCGGGUGCUGUUCCUGAUGUCCAAGAGCGGCUACCAGCCGCCGAAGCUAAAAGACAAGGCAAAGUGGACUCCGGCCUUCCACAACUUCGUGAAGGUGACGCUGACCAAGAACCCCAAGAAGCGGCCGAGUGCUGCCAAGAUGUUGAGCCACCAGUUUGUGGCCCAGCCCGGCCUGAGCCGGAGCCUGACGCUGGAGCUGCUGGAGAAGCUGCGGAACCCGGACAAGCUGCCGCGCUGCUGCGAGCCGGAGGAGGAAGAGGCCGAGCUGCCACCCCCGGUGCCCCAGCGGAUCCACUCCACGCACCGGCACGCGCCAGCCGAGCGCAGCAACUCCGACAUCAACCUGCAGCCCAUCAAGAUCAGGACCCGCUGGAAGGAGCCGACGCCUCCGUGCCACGUGGAAAUCUGCCUAGACCUCAGCUACGGCCCCAGCGGCAGCGCCCCCGGCUCCAUGGGCAGUGCCAGGGUCAACGUGUCGGACUCAGACAACGACUACGACGACGUGGACAUCCCCAGCAGCUGUGACCCGGCCAGGCCCACGCUGCCAGCCGACGCUGACGUGCCGCCCCCACUGCCCCCCAAGCCCAAGUUCCGGAGCCGGUCCGACGAGACGCCCGCCGAGGAGAUGCGGCCCCAGCCCGGGGGGCAGCUCCUGCAGCGCCCCGGCACCCCGGUCUCCCUGGUGCGGUGCUCCAGCGGGCCCGUGAGGAGCCGGACCCCACACCCCACCCAGCACGCCGACCCCCGCCGCUCCCACCUCUCGGCCAGCUCAGAUCCCACCCUGUGGCCCGGACCCCGGAGCGAGGAGCCCCCCGUCCUGCCCCCCAAGACAGAGAAGAAACAGAGACAGGACGGAUCCCUCUUCAAGAAGGUCUUUAACGGCUGCCCCCUGCGCAUCGCGGCCACGGCCACCUGGACGCACCCCAGCACCCAAGACCCACACCUGAUCCUGGGGGCCGAGGAGGGGAUCUUCACCCUGAACCGCAGCGAGCCGGAGGCCACGCUGGAGCUGCUCUACCACAGCCGGACCUCGUGGGUCUACUCCAUCGGCAACGUGCUCAUGUCCAUCUCGGGGAAGACCCCCCAGCUAUACUCCCACAGCCUGACCAGCCUGUACGAGCAGAGCAAGAGGGAGCAGCGCCCCGGCGUCCACAUCGCCCCCCACCGGCUGCUGCCCAGGAAAAACGCCACCUCCACGAAGAUCCCCGACACCAAGGGCUGCCGGGCCUGCUGUGUGGCCCGGCACGCGCGAAGCGGCUGUCACUACCUGUGCGGGGCGCUGGAGGCCAGCGUGGUCCUGCUCCAGUGGUACGAACCCAUGCAGAAGUUCAUGCUGGUGAAGACGUGUCCUGCCCCGGCCCGGUCCAGGGAGCGUGAAGAUCGUCACCCUGCAGGGCACCCUGGUGCGGAAGCUGCUGGCCCCCGACAUCACCUUCGACGUCGCCGUGGAGACCAUAGCGCUGGGGCAGAACUGCAUGCAGGCUUUCUGGCGCCACGGCGUGCAGGUGUGGGACUUCGCAUCCGCUCAGCUGAUCAAGGAGCUGCGGGACCAACACUGCACCUUCCGCCUGCUGGGCACCCACAGCACCGUCGUCUUGGAAACGCGCCCCAUGGACGACACCCACAGCAACCUCUACGUCCAGGAGUGACAGCACCACCCGUGGGGGGGUCGGACUCACCCUCCGAGAAGCUGCUCUUCCCCAGAGAGUGCCCCUGCCCCGGGGAAAAGGACCCACCCAGCCAUGUGGGCCAGGACGGAGAAUCGGCCCCCGGCGCCCCCACGCUGCACGGACUGGGGGGGGGCUGAGUCGUGCCCCCACGCUGCACGGACUGGGGGGGGCUGAGCGUGUCACCGUUUCACCCCCUUUCCAUACUGUCAACAGAACCCAGGCGUCCAGCUCCGAUCCUGCUCCGGGGGAUCAACAACAGAACCCAGGCGUCCGGACUCCCAUCCCGCUCCAGCAACAGAACCCAGGCGUCCAGCUCCGAUCCUGCUCCGGGGGAUCAACAGAACCCAGGCGUCCGGACUCCCAUCCCCCUCCAGCGACGGAACCCAGGCGUCCGGACUCCCAUCCCCCUCCAGCGACGGAACCCAGGCGUCCGGGCGCCCAUCCCCCUCCAGCGACGGAACCCAGGCGUCCGGACUCCCAUCCCCCUCCAGCGACGGAACCCAGGCGUCCGGGCGCCCAUCCCCCUCCAGCGACAGAACCCAGGCGUCCGGGCGCGGUGGCCGUGCAGGGGGGGCCACGCCGCCCCCCGCAGCUGCAGGAAGGAGGCGGCGCAGGCGGGUGCAACCAUCAAUCACCUCUCGUUUAUUGACCAGGAACCGGGGGUUGGGCACGGCGCUGCCCCCUGCAGGCCCUGGCCCGUCUCCCCGCCCCCCGUGUUUGGGGGCGUCCAGCAGCCUCCGUGCACGGGCCCCUCAUGGGGCGACAGCGAGUCCCCCCCCCAGCACUGGGGGGAGCUAUAA